UGCUAUGGUGGCGAGGUAGCUCAUUGGUUAAACGUCACAUCGUUGUUUUCUUCUUUACAGCUAGUUAGACACAAAAAUGAGUGUAAUCAAGCUGAAAUUAGUGCCAGCAGCCGGCUGGUGUCCGUCAACAUGAGUGUCGCAGGGAAACGGCGGCGCGCGUCCAGUCCACGGUCGGUGUUGGUGACAGACUUCUCCUCGGGACUGAUCUCCGCUCGUUAGCAUCACCCACUGCUCCAGCUACCGUCCAGCAGCUAUGUACAAGGAGGGGGACGAGGUGCAGGACGACUGCGGCUCCCGGGAGGAGUGGACGCUCCUGUUCUGGACCUCUCUGGCCGUCAUCGUCCCGGUCAUCAUCACGCUGUGGUGCAGCGCCCAGCGCUCCAAGCGGAAAACGCACAUGAAGGAUUUCUUUCGCAAGAGCAAGCACGGAUGGCACUACACGGACCUGUUCAACAAGCCCACCUACUGCUGCGUGUGCUCCCAGCACAUCCUCCAAGGGGCUUUCUGCGACUGCUGCGGCGUGUGCGCCGACGAGCAGUGCCUGCGCCGGGCCGACCGGAGCCUGUCGUGCAAGGAGAUCAUGGCCCCCUCCAGCCCCGACGGAGCCAUGGAGCACCGCUGGGUCCGCGGAAACGUCCCCCUCGCCAGCUACUGUGCAGUGUGCAAACAGCAGUGCGGCACCCAGCCCAAGCUCUGCGACUUCAGGUGUGUGUGGUGUCAGACCACUGUGCACGAUGACUGCAUGGACAGCCUGGCGGACGCGGACCAGUGUGACCUGGGCGAGUUCCACAGCCUCAUCAUCCCUCCUCACUACCUCUACCGUGUCAACAAGCUCCGCCGCAGGCACCCCGACGAGUACAGCAAGCUGGCGUCUUCCUGCGGCAGCGGCUGGACUCCAGUUUUGGUCCUGGCUAACACACGGAGCGGGAACAACAUGGGGGAGGCUCUGCUGGGAGAAUUUCGCACCCUUCUGAAUCCUGUGCAGGUGUUUGACCUGUCUGAGCUGACUCCCUCCAAAGCCCUCCAGCUGUGCACCCUGCUGCCCCCCGGAAGUGUCCGGGUGCUGGUGUGCGGGGGUGAUGGCACAGUGGGCUGGGUGCUGGACGCCAUCGAUACUAUGAAGCUGAAGGGCCAAGACCAGUUCAUGCCAAGGGUGACCAUCCUGCCCCUGGGCACAGGAAAUGACCUUUCCAACACUUUAGGCUGGGGUGCCGGGUAUGCCGGAGAGAUCCCUGUGGAACAGGUUCUCCGUAAUGUCCUUGACGCUGAGGUGGUCAAAAUGGACAGAUGGAAGGUGCAGGUGGCUUCAAAAGGGCUCUACUUUCGUAAACCGAAGGUUCUGUCCAUGAACAACUACUUCUCUGUGGGGCCCGACGCCCUGAUGGCGCUCAACUUCCACACGCACCGCGAGAAAACGCCCUCCUUCUUCUCCAGCCGCAUCAUCAACAAGGCUGUUUACUUCCUGUAUGGCACCAAAGAUUGUUUAGUGCAGGAAUGUAAGGAUCUGGAUAAGAGGAUUGAGCUGGAGCUGGAUGGUGAGAGGGUGGCGCUGCCCAGUCUGGAGGGCAUCAUAGUUUGUAACAUUGGCUACUGGGGUGGAGGCUGCAGACUCUGGGAGGGGAUGGGGGAUGAUCCCUGCCCCCCCACACGGCUGGAUGAUGGUCUGCUGGAGGUAGUGGGUGUGUUUGGCUCCUUCCACUGCGCUCAGAUCCAGGUCAAGCUGGCCAAUCCUGUCCGGCUGGGGCAGGCCCACACUGUCAGGCUGGUCCUCAAGAGCUCCAAGAUGCCCAUGCAGGUGGAUGGGGAGCCGUGGGCCCAGGGCCCCUGCACCAUCACCAUCACCCACAAGACCCAGGCCCUUAUGCUGUACCACAGCGCCGAGCAGACGGAUGACGAUGAAGACGAAUCCAGCGCCUCUGAGACGGAGAGCCCCACCCCUCACGACUCACCGAGGCCCCCGGGGCCGGCCUCCGCUGGUGCGAGAGCCACCUCAAACUUCAUGUGAUCCGCAGCUCCUCUUGUCUUAGCUUCUGUCUUCUUUCCGCACCCCAGUUUCUCAUUAAGCCCUCGUUUGCAGUGGCACUUACUUCCCCUCCUUUAAGAUCCUUAAACACACCCUAUCCUUGAUGAGAACAAGGUAUUAUGAUUUUCCUGUGCAGUCAUUUCAUAUGUUGUCCUGAGGGCCCCCAGGGGUUAGAAAGGUCAGUUUACCUUUGGGCUGAUGUGAUUUGUUUUUGGACUUUUUGUCUCCACACUCCCCAUAUAUUGUAACCCAGAACUCAGGCAGUUCCUGCUCCACAGGUGGGACAGUCAGGAGGAGGUGAAUGUCUUGGAGAGAGAUUGCUGUUUAUUUGCACUGAUCCCUUGUGCCAUAAACAUCUAUAGUCGACUAUACUGUAUUAUUAUGCUGUAUUUACAGUUGAAAGCCUGGUGCAGCCCUGCAGGCAUCAGUGAGCCAUUUUAAACAAGUUGGCCAGGUUCAGUGUACCAAAACCCUUCAAAGCCAUGUCUCAGUCAGCAGCAGGUGAUACGUAGUCAUACAGAGAACACACAGCAAAUGUGAAGUGGAGCUUUGGCUGAAGGUACACGCAAAGCAUUGUGGCUCAUCUGUGUUUUUUUUGUUACUCCGACAAGAGCACGAACAGCAAACACAAACUCCAGUUGGUGGUACAGUAAAACUGUACAGAACGCCUCUUAAAUUGCUCUUUCAGGCUCAUCAUCACAACAUUGACAGUUUUUAAAUGUCUCCUGCAUUUUUCACCUGAGAUGAGGCUUUGAAAUGGCCAACAGGUCUGUGAAUCUCGACGGGGCGAGGCCUCUGUUGCAGCUGCAAUGUGCUGUCGGUCACUGGACAUCGAUGCCGGCUUGCUUACUUCACAAUGGUCUCAUGUAGCUCGCCACACACUUAGAUUGUACUAAAAGCAGUCUUGAAACUAUAUUUAACUUUCCUGUAAGAGCUACAGGGCACAGCCUGAUUUUUUAUUUUAAUUUUGAAACUACUGCCAAGUAAGUGUUGCCUACAUGUAGAACCUUUUGUUUUUCCUCUUCUUUACAUAGUUCCUCCUGUUUACAUAUUUUGUGCUGCACUGUUUUGGCACUUGAUAAAUACAUCACACUGCUUAGGACAUACAUGACACCGUAGUGUCGACCUUUGAUGUCGCUGCCGAUAGUGAUACCUGCUGAUGAGAUUAAGCUGUCCGUGUUGUUAUAUUCCGUUCUUCAGGUCAUCCUCUUGCAUUUCAUCAUUUGUGUUUUAGCAGAUAGUCACCACACGUUGGCAGACUAAAGACAGUGUUUUCUGUAGACAGGGUCUUCGACUCGAUCCUCUGCAGUUUAAUAUUAAUACCAUCAGAGGUGCUUGCAUGUGCUUUUCUGUGUCGUGUUCAGGUGACGUUGAUCUAACUGUUGAGUUUCAUUGUUUGCAUCUCGCCUGUAUUCUACAUGUGUGCAAGAGGUCAUUUGUGUUUCUGUCUAUAAAGUAGCCUACUCGUAGGGAAACUGAUUUUAUCAUUUCAGGUGGUCCUUGUUUAUUGCAGAGUGAAGAAAAUUGCCUGUUGUUCACAGCCAUAUCAGAAAAGUCUGUAGAAUGUUAAGGAAUCUGGAGCCAACUUGCUGCUCAUAAGGCUGAACAGGGAUCAGUUUUUAGCCGAGUGAUGCCUAUGCUUUUGGAAUAUGCACAUUUUGGCAGGUAACCAAGUUUUGUGGUUUCAUCACCUUUUAUUUGUUUGGUGAAUGUCUUCUUGCUCAAGGACACCUGCUUGAUCUUUUACCUUAUCUGUGUUUACCAGAGUUGUGUGUGUGUGUGUGUGUGUGUGUGUGUGUGUGUGUGUGUGUGUUGGGUCGCACUGAGCUUUUUGAAAUGUAACUGAGGUUUGUUGGCAGGUUUUUAGCCACACUAGCAGCAAGUUCAAAACACUGUUUUCAUGUGAAACAGCUCAAUAAUUGUUGGAUGAAUUGUGGUGUAACUCAGUGCAGACAUUGAUGAUCCUCAUAGAAUGAAUCAUAAUGAUGAUUUAUGCAGAACCACCACCAGGUCAAAAGUGUGUUUGUGUAAGUUCAUGACAAAUGAAUGCUAGAUGGCAUGCUAACAUGCUACAGCACAUGCUAGUUGGACCAAAAUGCAGAUGUUUGCAAAACAGCUUAAAGCUGCACUCGUAAAUAUUUGUAUAUUUGAAAUGAUUAAAAUUACUAUGUGUCAUGUGAAAUGCGUCACUCACAGUGGUGAAGCAAGAACAGUUAUUGCCAGUUAUUGCUUUGAUCUGGUGAAAGCUGUUAAAAAUCGUCCAGUGCACAGAGGAGGACUCUUUUGAUUACGUAACAAUAUGGCGUUUUUGUCUGGCGCACCAUCAACAUUUUUAGAUCCACCAGUGGUCAGAAUUUAACAACUAUGAAAGCCUGUUCCAGCCGAUGUGUUGGAAAAAAAAGAACCUCCAAGUCAUUAUAACUCAAAAAAUUGAUUUAGUAUCUAUUCCUCAAAAUAAACACUUUAAUAAAGACAUAUUUUCUAUUCACUGGUAGACUGCAUUGAAAAUGGGGAAAAAAUGACUGAGACCAACCCUUAAAACACCAUAAAACCAUGAACUUUUAGGGAUGCUCUCCAUAAAUAACCUAUUCAAAUAUAUCAUUUUAUAAAUUUGCAUGUGUCAUGUAGCAUUGCUUUUUCUUGACGGUAUCUCCCUUUGGAUUCCAUUUAUAAUAAUGCUAAUUGACUAUUUUUGUUUGAUGGACCCUUCAAAUGACUCUGGACAUAACGUUUUCUAAGAUUUAUUGCAAUGUUCGAUGUUAGGAUUGUUGGCCUAAAAAUGGAUGAAAUAUCUUAUUAUUUUGAGAUACUAAAUCAUUAUUUUGUGACACACAGUCAUUUGUUUGAAAUAAGUAAUUAUUUUGAGAUAUUGUCAUAUUGAGACAAUAGGUAAUCAGAAACAGACAUUAUUUCAAGAAAGUUAAUCAUUUAAUGACUUGCAGGAUUUUUUUUUCGUCACAUUGACAGGAAUGGGCUCCAUACAUAACAGCAAAGUGGUCUCCAUUUUUAAACCAUCCAAAAAUGUGUCUCCUGGCGUGUAGUGAUUAUUACGCCUCACAGUGUUGCUAGUGUGGCUGAAGACUUCUACUUGUUUCACUGUUGGGUUUGCAGGGACUGUCUGUGAUGUUAUUGCUUUGAAUGCUCCCAACUUCUAGCUGUCGGUUUAUUGUUAAAUCUUGGCAGAUACACAACAGUAUUUAUAUAGACUCACUUUGGCAAGACAAAUUUGAAAAGUGUUGUGUGUGCCAAAAUGCUUUCAUUAUGAAUCAAUAUAUAUUUGAAAAUGCUUACUUCUUUGCUGUCAAAAUAAGAGAACCUUACAGGCUGAUACGAAUGUGCAGAAAACUGGAGGAUUUUCAUUUUGACUGCGAUGUUGUCCUAAAAGGAAGAAGAGGAGUGAAAAUACAAAGAAACUGUCUGGGACGAGUUAAGCUUUAAUAGGUAACAAUCAUGUAAAACAAAACUAUUCAGAAAACAAUCGUAGUUAUGUGGGUUUGGUGAAAUUGUUACUACAGGUGACAGAAAUUGAUUUUGACUUAAUUGAAUGUAAUGAAGAGAAGUUUUGAAUUUGACGACAUUCCCAUAAAUAUUUUCAUAUAGAAGCUGUGUGUGUCUGUGUUUUACAUACAUACAUAAUAAACUGCAGGCCCUGGUCACAGAUCACAGCA